AUGAGGCUAGCACAGAUGUCAGAAGCCGAGAAAAUGGAAUCACUGCCACACGUGUUCAUGGGUGUUGUGAAAGCAGAAGAAGCCGAAACUGUAUUGGCGAGCAGUCAAGAGUACCGCACGCCACCGCCACCAGAGCAGACGUUGCUCACAUCACUAGCGUAUGUCUCACCGACGAAACGUAAACCAGCCACAGCACCGCCGAAAGUUGCAGCAGUCGAGGUUGCACAGUCAAGCGACGGGAACACGCAAUUGGCAGAAAUGUUCAGCAGAAUGUUGGACGAAAGGCUGGGAAAAUUCGAAAAGAAAAUAAGAUUAGAAAGCGAGCGCAGCAACAAGAAUGAGCAGAAGAGACACAGCACGCAUCAUAACAAACACCAGGGCAAUAAGCUGAGGAGCGAGGCGCUGUGUUAUAACUGCAACAAACCCGGACACUUUAAGAGCGCGAGCUCUAGAGUCACCAGGGUAGAGAAGAGAUCAGUCUUUGCAGCACAAGCUUCAAGAGCAGAAAAGAGGAAUGCACGCCUCGGAGAAGCGUGCGCGGAAGAACCGCGCACGGCGAGCGAAAGCUCGCCUGAGAAGCAGGAACAACACGGCGCGAUAAUAACGCCGAAUCCGAAAAAUAAGAAUAAAGCGCGGAAGGCGGGCGAGAGCAUGCAGGAGCCCGCCGCGCUCUCAUCACUGUCAGCAGAAACAGCUGACGAGGGAGAUGAGGCAGGCCAAUGCAACGAAGACAAUCUCGAGGAGAAACGCUGGUGGAUGAAGGCAAGGGUCGGAAGUUUUCGAUUCCGCACCUUAUACGACAACCGCACGUCUCGUGUAUGCAUGGGUCCGAUCGGACUGCAGCUAGCGAGUGCGCUGGGACGGCAACUCAUGACGAGUCACGGCCGCGCCAAACUAGUAGACGGUAGCUACACGAAGAUCGUAGGCUACGUCUGGCUGCCCUUCAGAGUCGGCAAUGUCGAGAAGGAAGUCCGUGUGGCAAUAAUACCGGAUCUUCCGACGGACUGCAUUGUCGGUGUCAACUUUAUGCUAACAUUCAAGGCAGUGUUAGAUCCUACGACAUCAAAGCUGCAUUUCAAGGAGAGUAAAAAGUAUGUCAACGUCGAGUUGGCGACGAUGGAAGGAGACGCGCUAACUCUAGCCUCCAUGGGCCUAGCAGACGUAGAAGAGCAGCAGAGAGAAGCGCUGCGAGCGCUCCUCGACAAAAUUAUUGGUCCAGAGACAGGAGAAAUAGGAUGCACGACGUGCAUAGAACAUCACAUUGAGGUGCAUACUACAAGUCCAAUAAAGCAAAAAUAUUUUUCGGUCUCCAAGAAAAUAGAGGAGGAAAUGCACGAGCAGGUGAAAGCCAUGCUCGCGGUAGGUAUAAUGGAACCAUCGAACAGUGCUUUUGCGAGACCAGUGGUGAUGGUGUGGAGAGCGAUUGGAAAAUAUCGCUUUUGUGUCGACUUUAGGAAAGUCAACGCGAUCACACGGAACGACACUUAUCCACAUUUAAGUAGCGCGUACCACCAGAUACCGGUGAGCGAAGAGAGCAAGCAGUAUACAGCUUUCACGGUGCCUGGGAUGGGGCUUUUCCAGUUCAAGCGCCUACCUUUCGGUUUAUCAGAAGCAGGAGCCACGUUUCAAAGGCUGAUGGACAAAAUAAUUACGCCAGAGCUGCAGCAACACGCCUUUUCUUAUUUAGACGACGUAAUUGUCGCAACAGAAACGUUCGAGGAUCAUGUUAAAGUCCUCGAGCGCGUGUUAAAAAGAAUCAAGGAAGCAGGGUUGACGGUCAACAGAGAGAAGCGCGUGUUCUGCAAAGAAGAGGUGAAAUACCUCGGCGUCCUUGUAAACAGAGACGGCUUCAGGCCAGAUCCAGAGAAGAUCGCUCCGAUAGUUAAUUUUCCACAGCCGAAGAAUCUAAAACAACUGAGGCGUUUCCACGGCAUGGCAUCGUGGUAUAGGCAAUUUCUAGAGGGUUAUGCAGCGUUGGCCGAGCCACUGACUCGGCUAACAAGAAAAGAUCAGCCGUUCGUAUGGGGAGAAGACCAGCAGUCAGCGUUCGAGGCGAUAAAAACUCUCGUUGCCUCGGCACCAGUACUGCACUGUCCAGAUUUCGACCAGCAAUUCGUGAUACAAAUCGAUGCGAGUGAUACGGGAUUCGGUGUUGUAUUGACACAAAAUAUAAACGGACAGGAUCGAGUUCUUGAAUUCGCUAGCCGAGUGCUCACGCUCGCUGAGAGAAACUAUACAGUCAGCGAGCGAGAGUGCCUAGCUGUGCUGUUUGCGGUACGCAAGUUCCGCCAGUACAUAGAAGGCUACGAAUUUAAAGUAAUAACAGACCACAGCAGUCUGAGAUGGUUAUGCAAUCUACGUAAUCCAACAGGCAGAUUGAUUCGCUGGGCGCUCAAGCUGCAAGGGCAUAAAUAUACGAUCGAGCACCGAAAAGGCGCCGACCACCAUGUGCCAGAUGCUCUGUCUCGGAUGUAUGAGGAGACAGAGCCAGAGAUAGCAUCAGUGAGUCAGGAUCCGCAACCCCAAGACUGCUGGCCGGAUCCUAACACCACGGGCGCCAUGGGAGACAACGACGACGAUGACUGGAAGCUCGUCGUCCCAGCGAAAAAACGACUGCAAGUGCUGCAAGAAUGCCACGAUCAACCGACGGCUGGAUACUUCGGCCGCGAGAAAACAUACAAAAGAUUGACGGAGAAGUAUUUCUGGCCAAGAGCGUAUCAAGACAUGGCGGCUCAGGGCAUUCACCAUUCGUACUCGCCGCCGUACCACCCGCAAGCUAACCCGGUUGAGCGGGUAAACCGAACGAUCAAGAGGGAGAUCGCUGCGUUCACAGAAGAAAAUCAUAGAGCAUGGGAUGAGCAUAUCAGCGAAAUCGCAUUCUCGUUUAAUACCGCGGUACACGAGGCUACGGGUGCCUCGCCUGCAAUGAUGAAUUUCGGCAGACAACCAGCAAUGCCAGCGUCGCUCAGAGCAAAAGAAGACCAAGAAGCGGCGCGGCAGGGAGCCGUGGGUGAUUGGCAAGCCCGCCUCGCCAAGCUACCUUUACAUGAGCGAGAAAAAGCCCUGUCUGGCGAAGCGCAAGAUCGCCACGCUUCAUAUUUCGAUGCUCGUCGCCGAGCGGCGACCUUCAAGGUCGACGAUAUUGUCGCCAAGAGAAGGCACGUACUGUCGUCAGCCGCCGGCGGAAUAGCGGCAAAACUAGCCUUGCCGUAUGUAGGCCCGUACACCAUCACCGCAUAG